AUGGAUACCCGGGAUAAGGGUAAGGCGACAGUCGAUGACGUACUGGUAGUGCGAGAGUACCCGGACGUAUUCCCAGAGGAUUUACCUGGGAUACCUUCGGAGAGACAGGUUGAGUUCAGGAUUGACCUGGUCCCUGGUGCGGCUCUGAUAGCCAAGGCACCAUAUCGGUUGGCUCCUCCCGAGAUUCAGGAGUUGUCUACGCAGCUGCAAGAGCUUCUAGACAAGGGAUUUAUCACCCCGAGUAGUUCGCCAUGGGGAGCCCCGAUCCUGUUUGUGAAGAAGAAGGACGGGUCACAUCGGAUGUGCAUAAACUACCGGGAGCUGAAUAAGGCAACAGUGAAGAACCGUUAUCCGCUCUAG